AGAGGGGAGGGGCAGAACCCAGAAGAGUAUAUAAGUCCUGCAGAGGAAGCAGGAGUGGGUUCAUGUGAAGAGCCUGGAGUACAGUGGACAGUGGUUCCUGUAGCUGACCUACAGUGAGUGCAUACACUGGACUCAGGAUUUUCUGUGACUUGUUUUUAUCAAAAUCAUGGGUCAGUCCUCCUCUUAUACAUCUCAAAAUGAAGACCAUGGAUAUUUGGAGUCGAGCUUCACUGCAUAUUUUAAGACUAUUAAAACAGAAAACAAAAUAGUUUCUCAGGAAACCAUCAAUUUAAUAGAAUUUCAUCUGAAAAAGGGAAACAUUUAUGGGGCAAACUCUGUAAUCAAUGCUACAUUAAAAAAUAUUGAUGACAUCCCAAUAAACAUUGCUGUGACAGGAGAGUCUGGAGCAGGGAAGUCCAGCUUCAUCAAUGCCGUGAGGGGGGUUGGACAUGAAGAUGAAGGUGCAGCUGAAGUUGGGAUAGUAGAGACAACUAUGGAAAGAACUCCAUACAAACACCCCAAAAUUAUAACUUUGACUUUAUGGGACAUGCCUGGCAUUGGAACUAUAAAAUUUCCACCAAAAGAUUAUCUGGAGAAAAUGAAAUUCCAAGAGUAUGAUUUCUUCAUUAUUGUUUCUGCCACACGUUUUACAAAACUUGAACUAGACCUUGCCAAAGCAAUCAGAUUCAUGGGAAAGAAUUAUUACUUUGUGAGAACUAAGGUGGACAUUGAUUUAGACAAUGAAAAGAAAUCCAAACCACAUACCUUUGACAGAAAAAAGGUGCUACAGCAAAUUCAAAGCUACUGUGAGAAUACGUUUAGGCAAAAUAACAUGGAUGCACCGCAGAUUUUCUUGAUUUCUAACAACGAUUUAUCUAGCUAUGAUUUUCCAGUCCUGAUGGACACAUUGACAACGGAUAUUCCUAAUGAAAAGCGCCACAAUUUAAUGUUUUCCUUGCCUAAUAUUACUGAGACAGCCAUUGACAGAAAGCACAAGUCUAUGCAGCAAUUAAUCUGGUUGGAAGCCUUCAAGGCUGGAAUUUUAGCUAAUGUUCCUGUAGCGAGCAUCCUCAAUGAUGUGAAAAAGCUGAAGGAGAAGUUAAUCCACUAUCGAAACCUCUUUGGAGUGGAUGAUGAAUCCCUGGCAUUCAUGGCUAAGGAUUUCCAAAUGCCUGUUGGACAGCUGAAAAAACUCAUUAAAUCUCCUGAUUUAUUAGAAACCAAGGAAGAAGAAACAUUAGAAGGAAAGCUUUUGAAAUAUUUGAAGACAUCUCUCUCGGCUAAUGGUGGGCUCCUUGGUUUAGAUCUUUACUUUUUAAAAGACUUUUACUUGCAAUUUUAUUUCAUUGAUGCAAUUACUGAAGAUGCCAAAGUUCUCCUUCAAGCGACAUGCUCAAACAAACUAGUUCAAACUCAACUCACCCACAGCUACUGACCAUGACAACAUCAAAUGGUUAAUGCCAGGGAGUCAUUGGAUGAAUUCCCUCUAUGAUAUCUUCUCUUUACACUGAUCAAACCACUACCACCAUGGGAAAACUAAGGGUUAUGCAUGUUAAUAUGUCAGAUCCUGACAAUACUCAACUUCAACUCUCUACCUUCCUCUCUAUCUUUCAACUCCACAUGCACACAUGAACGCACACUGCAAAAAAAUACACAGUACAUAAAGCACUUUCCAUGCCAAUGCAGAUAUAAGAAACAGAGCUCAAAUUCCAGAAUCCACAUAAAUUUUGAGUGUGUGCAGUGUUCGCCUUAUACUUCCAUACUCAGAAGGCAGAGACAGUGGAACCAUGGAGCAAGCUGGAUGCUAGAGAGUGUGUACAUCUGCAAGCUCUGGGUUCAAAUGAGAGACCCUGCCUUGAUGAAAAAGACAGAAAGUGAUUGAGGCCUAACAUGAGCCUUACAUCUCGACACACAUGUGGACAUGCAUGAGACAUGCAUUUUAAAUAUAAAGUAAAAGAAGACUCAUGAAGAAAAAAAAAUCACAAAUCUUAGAAAGUACAGAGACUUAAGCUCUCCUCAAGGUUAUACAAGCAAAAAGCAUUCUGUGGAAGUAGAGAUUUCAGAGCAGCUGAGGUUCCUGCAAAUCAUGCAGGGGGCUCCAUGGCUGAAGCUGUGGUGAAUCAUUGCCUUGCUGGGAUGGGCUUUUCAGGGAUGCAGCUGACUCUGAUUGGUCAAUGUUCCUGUAAGUAACCCUCACUCUAAUAAACUCACUCAUUCACAAACUA